GCGCUUCAAGGCGCAGGCGCGGGGAGGGGUUGGGGGGAGGAGGGAAAGCGGCGAGUAAGAUGGAAGAUGAGGAGGUCGCUGAGAGCUGGGAGGAGGCGGCAGACAGCGGGGAAAUAGACAGACGGUUGGAAAAAAAACUGAAGAUCACACAAAAGGAGAGCAGGAAAUCCAAAUCUCCUCCCAAAGUGCCCAUUGUGAUUCAAGACGAUAGCCUUCCCACGGGGCCCCCUCCACAGAUCCGCAUCCUCAAGAGGCCCACCAGCAACGGUGUGGUCAGCAGCCCCAACUCCACCAGCAGGCCAGCCCUUCCUGUCAAGUCCCUAGCACAGCGGGAGGCAGAGUACGCAGAGGCCCGGAGACGGAUCCUGGGCAGUGCCAGCCCUGAGGAGGAGCAGGAGAAACCCAUCCUUGACAGGCCAACCAGGAUCUCCCAACCCGAAGACAGCAGGCAGCCCAGUAAUGUGAUCAGACAGCCUUUGGGUCCUGAUGGGUCACAAGGCUUCAAACAUCGCAGAUAAAUGCAGGCAAGAAAGGAUGCUGCCGCCACCGCUGCCGCCACCGUCGCCUCCUGGAUUGUCUGCCAUGGGUCGCACUGCCGUGGCAGACAUCUGGACUUGAGCAGAGGGAACGACCUGACUUACUUGCACUGUGAUCCCCCUUGCUCCGCCCACUGUGACCUUGAACCCCAUGCACUGUGACCUCUGCCUCCCCCCUUCCCACUGUGAUUGGCAUGUUGACAAGGGCUGUCCCAAGUCAAUAGAAAGGGAAAGGGUGGGGACUAGGGGAGGAUUGGGGGAACCUACCAAGGACUCAGAGUUGAGGGUCAGACAGUGCCACUUGGGGUCCAGCCAGUGCCAGCAAUAACAGUUUAUCAUGCUCAUUAAUUUGGGAUUUCAAAACACAAAUGAGAACUUCCCCCACCCACCCCAAGUGCAUGUCGCCAUCACUUAAAAGUAAGUUCCAUUGAAAAUAUCCUUUCCUUUUUUUUUUUUCUUCCUAUUUUUGUUUGUUUAUACAAAUAUCUGAUUUGCAAGAAAAAGUGCAUGGAAAGAGUUUUAGCAGUUUAAUGAAUUUUUAAUUGAGAAAGGGUAGUUUGGUAGUCACUUAAAGAUGUUUCUAGGAAAUCUGCUGGAAACAUUAACCAAUAGGAUUUUGGUGAGCUUAGCUUCUGUCUUCCUACUGCCGCCCAGAAAAGGCGGGGCUCUGGAGCCCCUGUAGAUGAGCACUGUGCCUGUACCACUUCCUCCAGCUGAGUCCCAGCUGAGUUGCCUAGAGACAGCUCAGAGCCUGGGGGAGGGUGCCAACCUCACCUCUAGUAUUGUGGGAGAUGGGGACAGUGACAGACUUCCCCUUCCCACACCCCUCAGGGUGGCUCCCUACCAGCCGGGUUUGCUGUUCCUAGAGGCAGGCAGGGCAGGGAGCGUCGGGGAGGAGAGCGAGCGCACUCCGGGCUCCGAAGCAGGCAGUGGUGGCACUUGUCCAGUGUUUGCCGUCAGCACAGCCCAGCAGAGUCUGGCUCACAACUCCAGGCCUUUGCUGCUCUGGUCAGAAGAUAGGUAGGCCUGUCCCUUCCAGCAAGACUGGAACGCUUAAGGACCCGUGGCGUGCCACAUUUGUUGAUGGCCCUGGCUCAGAAACUAUACCUGGUACAUUUCCCGGGUGAAAUGAGUACCGUAGGAAUAGAGCAGUUGGAGGAGAGUUGGAAGAAGAAAAACUUGGCAUUGCAGAGGCAGAUGGUCGGCAGGUUUCUCAGAGGCCUUGGCUGCCCUAUCCCUUCUUAUCAGAACGAGGCUGGUAUGAAGGCCAUUUCUGUCCCCAAGCCUGGAGAUUGGCUUUGGCUCCUGAUGGGGAGAGGCUUGAGAGGGCAGCUGUGUCCCACUGGGUGCUCUCAGGCUUCGUAGUCUUUCAUGCACUUCGCCUUAUCCCUCAGCCAGCCUGACGGCCUCCCCUCUCCUGGCCAGCACACAGGUUUGGGAGUGGGUGGUGUGGUGUGGGAUUAGGGCAGCUGUGGUGGCCAAGGUGAUAGAGCUGAGUUUUGUAGGAUCCCACCACCUUUGGUCCCCCUGGCUUAUGCCCUGUAGCAAUGGCCCACAGCAUCUUCCCCUUAAGAAGAGUCUCUUCCAUAACACAGCCCUAGACCUACCUGAAACCAGGGGCUUCUGUGAGCGAGCUGGAGCAGAGCCUCAGCGACAGGGUUGGCCACCCCAGGAGUGGGUAGGAAGGGAGUUGGCUGCUAGCUUGUAGUCUAGGGCCCACCCACAGGGGCUAGUGGUUUCUGGUUGGAGGACAGACUGUCCUUUCUUUGGAGAAGGAUGCAGAAACCCUGCUUGCCCUGCCCCCUCUAGUAGGAGCUAAGGGCAGCUGGUGUCUGUAUGUUGAGAGCUGGCAGGGUGGCUCUCCCGUCUCACUCUGGCCAAAGGCGGCCCUGCCCGCAGAGUACGAGUGCCUGCCCACCAGCAAGCAGUCUUGCUUUUGGCCUCCUAGAUGGAGAGGUGGCUGGCGCAAUGAGAGAGAGGAAAGAAAGAAAGAAGGAAACAGACUGGUGUUGGGGGAGGUGGGGGGCGUGGGAAACGGUUUGGAGUUUGUGUGUGUUUGUGGGUUUGUUUUUUUUUGUGUGUGUGUGUGUGUAUGUGUGUUUUCUCCCCCCUCCCUUUUUUUCUGUAGUUGUCUAUAACUCCAUAAGUGCUUUUUCCCCCUUUUUCUUUCUUUCUUUCUGUCUAAGUAAGUUGCAGGCUUUGGCUUGGAAAUCCCCAGGGGGAUGAGGGGCAGGACCUGAGGCUGCUGCCCCUUUGUCUGCCUUCAUGGUACUGUCCCUUCCCCCAGCUCUUCCUGGACCCCAGGAGCCAGGCCUCAGCCCUUCCAGCUAACCGCUUCCCAUGAGCCACUACUCUGAUGUCAGCCUAUAACCAAAGGAGCUGGGGGUCCAGGUCUGGUGACCAGCCCUCUCAGUCCCCUCAAUCAGGGUGCUCCCCACCUGCAGGCAGGAGGCAACACCCUAUCUGCUGCCAUCAGCCCCUUCCAGAGCCCACCUGUCCCGCCCAGCCCUGUCCUGCCCUGCCAUACCCUGCUCUGCCCCAUCUGGGGGUGCUCUGCUCAGGGAUGGGCCGGCAGGGCUGCAUCCAGUCUCCCUGGUGAGCAGAGACUCAAGAAAACCUCUGGGGUCCUGCUUCUGGUCACAUGACCCCAGGGGGACCCUUGGGCAUCUGUACAGAAGGGACUGGAGGGGGGGCCGCACCCUGCAGUCUCGCUCUGCUGGUGUAGCGGGCAGCUCCCCACCCUAACCCCACCUCGGGCUCCUGAGUCGGCAGAUUAAGCAUUUUAUAAAUUGUAUUUUAAAUACAUGUUUUAAACUUGUCA